AUGGCAGCCUCUACAGGAAAAGAAACCGCCCACAUCACAUGCCCCAAGGAAACCCAAGCUCCGAUUAUAAUUCCUCCGUCAUACACAACAGACACACCAUCCGAAUCCUUCAUCGACUCCUCCUGUGGCAUCAUCUCCUGGCACACUCUCUUCUCUCAACCUCACUCACCAGACUCAGAGCUGAGUGCCGGCGUCGCAAAUUGUCCACCAGGGAAUGGCCAUCUCUGCGCCCACCGCCAUGUCCAAGCCGAAAUCUACUACAUCAUCGAAGGCGAAGGGGAGAUCACCAUCGACGGCGUCACGAGCCAAGUUACGAAAGGAAGCUCGGUCUUCAUCCCGUCGGAUGCAGAGCAUGCAAUCUUCAACACGGGAACCGGGGAUUUGAGAUGGUUCUAUGUAUUUCCAACUAGUGCGUUUGAGGAUGUAGUUUAUAAGUUCAGCAAGGAUGAAUGCCCUGGCGCGAAGCUUUGA